AUGAAUAAAUUAUAAAUCCUACAGUCUAUUCAAAAAGAAAUAGAUGAGAUUAUUGAGAACAACUAAUUUAAUGAUGAAGGUAUUGAGAAUGAUCUUAAACAAUUACUAGAAUAAUAAGAUGAUGAAAUUAGGACUGAAAUAAUCUUAUACAUACAUUAACACUUCCCUUAAUUUGCAUAAACACAGGAAAAUCUAAGAGAAAAGUACUCAAAGAAUUUAUAGGAAAAAAAAUAUGAUUAAAUACUUUUGGAAUUAAAAAAUAAUCAAUAUUGUGAAUAGAAUUUGAUACCUCUAUCGAUUUAGAAUUAUUUAAUUCCUCUUUAACAAUUAAAAGAUAAUCUUCAUUUAAUUUUUGAUCUAAUCGAAUUAGUAAAAUAAAAUGGAUAUCCUAAUUUUAUAUCUUUGUUAAAAUUGCUUAUUAACUUGUUCUUUCUCGACUGUGAUAAUGAAAUAAAAGGAUAAAUUCAUUAAUUUGUAGGGUCUCUUUUAGAAAAUUAAAUAUAUAAAUUUGAAUGUUAUGUUGCAUAAAUGACUUAAAAUAUAUAAAUUCAAGAUAAUUUUCUAGAUUGCAUUCAUAAAGUCUAAUCUAAAGAGAUAUCAGCUAAAUAAGGUAAAGAAAGUUUACAUUAAAAAUGUAAAGAUAACCAAAUCCUUUUUUUGUUUGAAUUAUUUACUCUUAAACUUGGAUCUCAUGCUGAUAAUUUAAAAGGGUUUAUUACAAAUCUAAUAUGUGCGAAGAAUAAAAUAAUCAAUAAAGAUGAGUUGAUUGAGUAUGUUUCUUUGACAGAAAAUUUUAAUGAAAAUUUAGACUUUUUGUACUUUAAGUUUGUGUUCUAUUUUUGGAUUUAAUUUAUUGAAAUCUUUAAAAUCAAAGAAUCCAUCUUGAUUGUUGAAGAUAAAUUAAGCAAAUCUUAAACGAAGAAAAAAGUAUUAGAAGGUGCUAUUAAAAAUUUGAAUUCCAAAGAGAAAAACAUGAUCUACAGAUAUCUUAGAAGAAAAAUACUUUAUUAUUGCAAUUUUGAAGAUGAAGAUUUUAGAGAAGUUUACCAAAAAUAUAAAGUUAAAGAGAAAGAAUUUAUAUAAAAGGUAAGUAAAUUUAAAUCCUCAAAUGAGUAAAAACUAAAGGAAUUUGCAGAAAUUUCAAAAGAACUAAUGUUUUACCAACUUAAAUCUUUAUAAAGUCAAUAAAAAUAUUGGACUAAAGAAAUAUCUAUUUUAUCCUUUUUAGCUACAAAUGAAUUAAAUAGUAAUUUAGAAAACCUUAUUUAAACCAACUUUAAAGGUAAUAAUGAUAGGAAAUUAGAUAAUCUUCCUAAAGUAUAAAAGAUUAACCUUCUUCAUUUGGAGUAGUCGAUAAAAAGUAAUAGGUAAAUAAAAAUGUCUAGAUUUGUCAAUUAAACGGAAACUUUUAUUCAAUACCCUAAAUAAUUGAAGAUUAAAAUGGAAGAAUUUAAUAUUUCUUUAACAUCCAUAAACAAAAUUUAGACUAUUGUUAAUGAAUGGUUUAGAGAUAAAACUAAUGAAGAAAACUUUAAGAAAUUGCUUCCUUUCUAUUUUAAUAUUAUUAAAAGGGGAGAAUCACCUGAAGAAUUAUUAAGCUUAAUAAAUAAAAAUGUAAUGUAAAAAAAUAAAAGUCAUUGGAAUGAAACUUUAAACCUAAAAUCUCUAUUUUAAUUACUUUACAACAAUUCAGAUAAAGAACUUUAAAUGAUUUUAUUAAAAAUUCACUCAAAAUAUCGUCCUGUCCCUUUGCUUUAUUAAAAUCCUUAAUUAGAACAAGAUAAAACUUCAAUAAAAGACUUUUAUGUUUUCAACACAAAUAUUUACUACCUUUUAUCAAAUGAUUUUCCAAUAAUCAACUUUUCUUUAUCCUAAACGGUUAAUCAAUUUGGGAAAACUGAGCUAAUUAAUAAGUUAUUUUAUAUUGAUAACAAAGAAGAUCAAAAAUUUGAAAUUUCUGAUUCUUCUAGAAUGAAUAACAAUUCAGUAGAUUGCUAAUUUGAUUUUUCCUUUAAUGGAAGUAGAAACUACUUAAUAGCUGAUGUGCAUGGAUAGUUAGAAGAUGAAAUAUUCGAGUAACUACUCCCUUUUUUUUAAGUAUGGAUAAUAUAGAUGAAAACAGAAGAUGAAUUUGAUGAAAAUGUUGAUAAGUUAAUAGAGUUAUGUGAAAAAAUGAAAUUAAAUUUUCAACCCAAAAUUAUUUUAAUUAUUCGAGACUCAGAAAAAAAGGAAUUGAAUCAGCAAAAAAUUGAGGAGCUUAAAAAAAAAGAAUUAGAUUUUUGUACUAGUCAAAUUUUGAAUCUAAAUCAAUUAGUGAAUUAGGCCAUUGAAAUAGAAGAAAGGACAAAAAUAAAAAAAUGCAUUUUACAAUAAAUUGGCACACGAAAUGAAAAAAUUUCAGAAGAAUAAAUCUAAAAAUCAUUUUUGUAACUUUGCAAAGGUUUUAAUGUAGAGGAUAAGGAAAUCAGGGAAUCUUAAAAAAUUCUCAAUGAGUUAGCAAAGGAAUUAAAAAUAUUAGAAUAAAACGAAUAUGGAUUUUAUUCAAUUAAAGCAUUUCCAUUUCGAAAUUUAGUAUGGGAAAUAAAAACCAAGAAGCAGUAAAGAUAAGAAUUAAAUUAUACAAUACUUUCAUUAGAAUAAGAGUUAGAGAAAAAAAAAAAUGUCAUAAAUGACUUAAAAAAUGAAAAGAGUAGUGAUUAAAAAGAAAAAAUAAAAUAAAAAGAAAAUGAAAAAAAAGAUAUUGAAAACAAUAUAAAAUCCAUUCAAGAUAAAUUAAGAGAAAUAACAAAUAAGAUUCAAGAUAUUGAGGAUAAAAAAUAAAAACAAAAUUUUGAAGAAUCAAAAUUAAUAAAAUCAUUUAGCCUUAUUUUUAAAUAAGAUAAUUAUUACAUAACCUAUUUAAGAUUUGUCGAACACAUUUAAAAAUUCAACUAAAAAAAUCUUAAGAAUUUAAACAUAGAGAUAGAGGAUCUAAGAAAAAAAAUAGGUUCUUUUACAGAAGAAUAAAAGAAAGAAAGAAGUGAAUCAGAAGAAAAAUUGAUAACUUUAGAAAAAAAAUAUAGCGUUUAAAAUAUAAGUAUUGAACUAUUUUGGAGAGAAGUAAUUAAAGGUAAUAGCUCUUUUCAAUAAAGUCCCAUUAAAGUAGUUUGCUAAUUGAUAAAAAAGGGAGAGCCUUUUGAAUUUUUAAAUGGAGAUGAUCUUACCAUAGAUUCCAACUUUUUAAUUUAAUUAAGAGAAGAGUUAUUAGAUAAGGAUGAUAACAAAAUACUGUUUUUAAGUAUACUGGGGCCGUAAAGCUCUGGGAAGUCAACCUUAUUAAACAGAAUUUUUGGGUGCCAUUUUUUAACUAGUAUGGGAAGAUGCACAAAAGGAGUAUUUCUCUAAUUGUUAAAAAUAUCGAAUAAAGAAUAAUUUUAAAACUUUGAUUAUAUUUUAUUGUUAGAUUCAGAAGGAUUAUAAAGUCCUAAUUAAAAAGAUCCAGAAUUUGAUAAAAAAAUUUCUCUUUUUAUAAUCUAAAUAAGCGAUAUUCUUAUAUUUAAUGUAAAAGGGGAAAUUCAUUCAACAUUUCAUAAUUUAAUUGAAGUCUGUUUUUACACACUUGCAAAAUAUUCGAAAUUACAAUUCUUAAAAUAAUUUUCUUGGUGUUUUAAUCAAAAUAGUUAAAUUAAUGAUGACGAAAAACAUAAAUUGUUAAAAUAAAUUGAAGACAUAGGAAAAAAAUUGAAUUCUGAAGAAAAUUUAAUUGAAGAAGAUGGAAAUAAAAUAUGUUAUCUUCAACAAUUAGAUCUAAACAUAGAUCAUAUCUACAUUCUGGGAAUGGCAACAAAUUCAAAAGAAUGGCAAAAUUCUGAUAAUUCCAAGUAAAUCUAAGAAAUUAAAUAAGAAAUUAAUCUUUAAGAUUAUUCCAAAAAUGCAUUAUCAUUUGGAAUAAGCAUAAUAAACAAAUUUAUAAAUAAAUAUAAUGGAUAACAAAAGAACCGCCAUGAAAUUUUGACUUGGAAGACUUUUAUUACAAAAGUGUAAUAGUGUUGGGAAAUAGUCUCAAAAUUACCUGAUUUAGUGGAAUUUUCAGAUUUAAAAGAAUAGAAGGAUUAUGAAACCAUAAAUAAAAUUGCAACAGAAAAAAUGACAAAAGCAAACGAAAAAUUUCUAAGCUUUGAUAACAUCAUUUAAUAGAUUUAAGCAAAGAGUGAACUUGAAAAUUCACUAGAAAACUAUAAUUAAAUACAAAAGGAUUUUUAACAAGAUUUUUAAUAAUAGUGUUCUUAUUAAAAAGAAGAGAUAUUAAAUGAGUUAUAACAUGAAUAUUCAUUUUCAAUAAUUUCAAAUGCAAUUAGAAAAAAAGUUGAAGGUAAUAUUGCAGAAGUAUAUUAAGCAAUUGGCUUAGAAGGAUCUUUGAUAAUUUUGUAAAAGAUUCACUAAUUAAGGAGAUAAUUUCAAUAUAGCCUUGUUCCUGCAAAAAUUUAAUAAACUGUCAAUGAGAUAUAAAAUGAUUCAGAAUAAUUAAUAACUUUACAAGAGGAUAAAAGUAUAAGAGAUAAUAAAUAUGAACAAAUCUGGAAUGAAUUAGUUGAAUCAUCAAACUUGGAAGUGGAAAAACUUCACAUAGAAUUUCAAAAAAAAUUAUUUGACUGCUUUUUGAAAUAUAAGAAGUAGUACUAGUUUAAAGCAGAGAGCUUAGAAGACUAAAUUGAUUAUUUUGUGAAAUAAAUCAACAAUUAAGAUCCAAAUACACAAAAAGAGAAUCAAAUGGAGAAAAUUUGCUCUCUAUUUUUGGAAGACUUUUAAAAGAAUUCAUUCAAUACCCUUAAUAAAUUUAGCAAAUAACAAUUUUAACAAAUUUUUGAUGAAGACAUUCUAAAUAGACUUAAUAAUCUGGAUAAAUCGACUUUAAUCAAUCCAUUGAAUUACUUACUAAAGAAAACUACCUAUGAAACCAUAGAAAAAAAAGAAAUUGUUAAAAUACUCUAAAAAGGUUUAAAAUAAAAGUUGAUUUAAAUUGUAAAAGAACAAAAGGGAGAUGAAAAAAAAUAAUUAGAAGUUUAAGACUUAUUUAAUACAUUGAAUUAAUUACCUAUAUAAUUUGAUAAAAAAAUAUUACAAGCAGUACUUGAUUUAAUUAAGAAGGAUUUCUCAAGAUUUAAAGAAAUUCUUAAUGAAGAUUACAAUAAAAAGGUUUUUUGUCAUGCAACAACAAAUGAUUUCUAUAAAUCUCGAUUCGAUUCGUCUAUUUUUCCAUAAAAAAUCUAAAGUACCGCAGUAACAAAAUCUCCAAACAAAUUCUAAGCAUCAAAUUAUUCGAAUGAAAUACUCACCUAAGAUAAUUCGGCUGCAGUAGUAAAUAAAAAAUAAAAUAAAUUAUCACCCCCUCUUUUUCCACAAAAUAAAUAAAAUUUAUCUAGUAUCUAAAAUUCUCUGUAUCCGAACGUUUAAGGAAAUACUUAAUAAAUUCCAAUUUAAACUCAACCUCCUAAUCUGCAAAAUAAACAAUAUUAACAAAUUAGAUAAGCUCCACAAUAUUCGGAGUAUUCAUACUUGCGAUAAAAAAAGAGUGCCUAUAGCCCUAAUCUAUGUCAAAGAUACUUAUAAAGUGCCUAAACUUAACAUAUCACUAUUAAUAAACUUACAACAAUUUACAAGUUAACAAACCUCUACAAAAUACGUUUCCAUAAAGCAAUUAAAUAUUACCAUAACCUAAUUAAAUUAAUUAACCCUCUUUUGAAGCCUAAGAUAAUCUUAAUAUUGAUAAUCUAAUCAAUUCAUUAAAAGAAGAAUCUCAAGCUUUAUCCUAAUCAAUAAAUAUUUUUCAUUUGAAUUAU